AUGGAAGCUAGAAUCGAAGGUGAGGCUCAACAUUUCUAUGGGUAUAGAGGCAUGGAUGUAAGGUCGGUAGGGAAGAGGAGCGUGGAGUGGGAUUUGAAUGAUUGGAAAUGGGACGGCGAUCUCUUCGUAGCUACACAACUGAAUCCUGGUGGUGGUAGCGAGACCAUGGGACGUCAGUUUUUCCCGCUGGGGAACUCCUCGAACAGCUCCUCCUCUUGCUCUGACGAAGGGAACAACACUGAGCUAACGGCGAGGAGAACAGGACAAGUUGAGAAGAAAAGGAGAGCUGUUGCGACAGGGGAUGAUAAUAACGGCGGUGCUCUUACUCUGAAGCUUGGAGACAAUGGUUAUGACCUCAACGGUGAGGUAGAAGGGAACUCUGCUGCCAAGAAGACGAAACUCGGAGGUGUGACGAAUCGUGCGGCCUGUCAGGUGGAAAACUGUGAAGCUGAUCUUAGCAAAGUUAAGGAUUAUCACAGACGUCAUAAGGUGUGUGAGAUGCAUUCUAAGGCUACUAGUGCAAUCGUCGGAGGGAUUAUGCAGCGGUUUUGCCAGCAAUGUAGUAGGUUCCAUGUUCUUGAGGAGUUUGAUGAAGGGAAGAGAAGUUGCCGUAGGCGUUUGGCUGGGCACAAUAAACGAAGGAGGAAAACAAAUCCCGAACCUGGUGCUAACGGGAAUCCUGUGAGUGAUGAUCAUCAGUCAAGCAAUUAUCUGUUGAUUAGUCUCUUGAAGAUACUCUCCAAUAUGCAUUCCAAUCGGUCAGACCAUCCGGGUGAUCAAGAUUUGAUGUCUCAUCUUCUGAAGAGCCUUGUGAGCCAUGCUGGUGAACAAUUAGGGAAAAACUUAGUUGAGCUUCUUCUGCAAGGAGGAUCUCAGGCUUCCUUAAAUAUUGGAAACUCGGGAUUGCUUGCAAUUGAGCAAGCUCCUCAAGAGGAUUUAAAGCAGGCUCCUGCCAGUGGUGCAGCUACCGAGAACAGAUCAGAGAAACAAGUCAAAGUAAAUGAUUUUGAUUUGAAUGACAUCUAUAUAGACUCCGAUGAUGGUACAGAUAUCGAAAGAUCUCCUCCUCCUACGAACCCAGCAACUAGUUCUCUUGAUUAUCCUUCGUGGAUACAUCAGUCAAGUCCACCUCAGACAAGUAGGAACUCAGAUUCAGCAUCUGACCAGUCACCAUCAAGUUCUAGCGAAGAUGCUCAGAUGCGCACAGGUCGCAUUGUGUUCAAACUAUUUGGGAAAGAGCCAAAUGAUUUUCCUGUUGUCUUGCGUGGACAGAUUCUUAACUGGUUAUCGCAUAGUCCAACGGACAUGGAGAGCUACAUUAGGCCUGGCUGUAUCGUGUUGACCAUUUAUCUUCGUCAAGCUGAAACUGCUUGGGAAGAACUUUCUGAUGACCUGGGCUUUAGCUUAAGGAAGCUUCUAGAUUUCUCAGAUGAUCCUUUAUGGACAACUGGAUGGAUUUAUGCCAGGGUGCAAAACCAACUUGCAUUUGUAUUUGACGGUCAGGUUGUUGUUGACACUUCCUUACCGCUAAAAAGUCGUGAUUAUAGCCACAUUAUUAGUGUUAGACCACUCGCUGUAGCUGCAACAGGAAAAGCUCAGUUUACAGUAAAAGGCAUUAAUCUCCGUCGAACUGGCACAAGGCUACUUUGUGCUGUAGAAGGAAAAUACUUGGUUCAGGAAACAAAACAUGACUCCACGAAAGAGAACGACGAUCUCAAGGAGAAUAAUGAGAUUGUUGAGUGUGUCAAUUUUUCUUGUAAUUUGCCCAUAACAAGCGGUCGAGGAUUCAUGGAGAUUGAAGACCAAGGGCUCAGCAGCAGUUUCUUCCCUUUCAUAGUGGUUGAAGACGAUGAUGUUUGUUCUGAAAUCCGUAUACUUGAAACCACAUUAGAGUUCACUGAAACUGAUUCUGCUAAGCAAGCUAUGGAGUUCAUUCACGAAAUCGGUUGGUUUCUUCACAGAAGCAAGCUCGGGGACUCAGACCCAAAUCCAGAGGCUUUCCCAUUAACACGAUUCAAGUGGCUAAUCGAGUUCUCGAUGGACCGAGAGUGGUGCGCUGUGAUCAGAAAGCUAUUGAACAUGUUCUUUGAAGGAGCGGUCGGUGAUUCUUCUUCCUCCUCCUCCUCUGAUGCGGGGCUAUCAGAACUGUGCCUUCUUCACAGAGCCGUAAGGAAAAACUCUAAGCCUAUGGUUGAAAUGCUCUUGAGAUACGUUCCCAAGCAGCAAAGGCACAGCUUGUUUAGACCCGAUGCUGCUGGUCCAGCCGGUUUAACACCUCUUCACAUUGCAGCCGGUAAAGAUUGUUCAGAAGAUGUACUGGACGCUCUAACGGAAGAUCCCGCAAUGGUGGGGAUUAAAGCGUGGAACACAUCUCGGGACAGCACCGGCUUCACACCAGAGGACUAUGCACGCUUACGCGGUCACUUCUCAUACAUCCACUUGAUUCAGCGCAAGAUCAAUAAAAAGUCAGCAACCGAAGAUCACGUUGUGGUAAACAUCCCUGUUUCUUUCUCAGACGCAGAGCGGAAGGAAUCAAAAUCAGGUGGUCCAAUGGCUUCAGCCUUGGAGAUCACCACACAGACUAACCAGCUUCAAUGCAAGCUCUGUGACCAUAAACUGGUGUAUGGGACAGCACGCCGGUCUGUAGCAUACAGACCAGCUAUGUUGUCAAUGGUGGCGAUUGCUGCGGUUUGCGUCUGUGUGGCACUUCUCUUCAAGAGUUGCCCAGAAGUGCUCUAUGUGUUUCAACCGUUCAGGUGGGAGUUAUUGGACUAUGGAACAAGAUGA